AUGCUUUACAUCGCGUUAUUAGCACUCAUAGGUGGAUGCCUAGCUGACAAAGGGUGUUAUAUGCUGAUAAACGAGCUUUACGAUGGUUACGUAAAGGAUACUCCUCCCGCUUUAGUUGCAGCAGUGGAGAAGCACUUGAAAACAAAAUUGUCAGAAGACAUUUUCGUGAGCAAGAAUGCGUAUCGUGACAACGGAAGAACGAUAGUGUUUGUAAUUUUAGAUAGUCCAACCUUCAAGAAGAGAAUGAAGACUCUGGUGUUUGACGGACUGGGUCUGGAAAAUGCCAAGACGGUGGAUAUCCUCGAAUACCGAAAAUUCAUAGACAAAUGCCUUCAUUGACGAUUAAAAGAAAAGUUUGAUAUUCAAGCAGCAUGGGCAAGUGAAGAUAGAAGUCAAUUAAUCUGCAUGAGUUACGUUAUCUGGCUUAUGAAAUCCCAAGC